CUAUGCAAGAACAAAUGCUUUAAAGCUAGGAAAAGAAGAUACCAAAACCUUCCCACCAAUUAGAGAUAAAGAACCCAAAAUUUUCCAUUUCCUAAAACUCAAGUACUCUCACCUUCACACCAUAAUAAAACUCACAAAUUACCCUACAUGGGUUGAUUUUAAUUUUUGUCACAUCAUUAAUCUCCAUGCCUUCCCCCCAAAACAUUCACCAACAAGACCCUCAUGAACAACCUCCUCAUCAUGAUCAAGCUCCUCAUCAACCUCAUCAUCAACCUCAUCAUAAAAAACCCAAAAGAAGAAUAGUAACACACCAAAAUGGAAACACAAAUUUCUUCAUUUGGCUAGCCGCAAUACUAUGCACAAUAAUAGCCAUAGGAGUUGUAAUUGGAGGAGUUGUAGUGUUUGUUGGUUACAUAGUUAUUCAUCCAAGGGUCCCAACAAUAAGCAUAGCAACUGCUCAUUUAGAUCUUUUCAGAAAUGACUAUGCUGGUCUUCUACAAACACAAAUAAGCAUAAGUGUGAUGGCUCAAAAUGGCAACUUUAAGGCACAUGCAACAUUUUCAAACAUAAAAUUCAAACUUAGCUAUCAAGGACAAGGUAUAGCAUACAUGGUCGCCGACACUUUCGAUGUUCCUAAGAAUAAUUCAAGGUUUUUGGAUUAUGUUGUUCAAUCUUCGUCUAUUCCUUUGACUCCUGAUCAGGUGGAAGAGGUUGAUGACUCAUGGAAGAGAAAUAUUGUUGGGUUUGAUUUGAAAGGUGAUGCUAGAACUCAAUGGAGAAUUGGACCUUUUGGUUCUUUUAAAUUUGGGUGUAAACUUGAGUGUCUUCUUAGAUUUCAUCCUUUGAAUGGUAGUUAUAUUCCUUCACGUUGCACUUCUCAAUCCAAAUGAUUAUUAUUUCUUUCUUUCCAUUUUGUUUAGACUAUGUUAAUGUUGUUAUGUAUACACAAAAUUGAACAUAGAUAUAUGUUCCUAUGUUCUUCCCUCAUGCCAAUUUAGUCAAGAAAUUUACUUUUUUAUUUUUAGUAGAAAUCAAACUCAAUUGCUUAGAGUUAGUUCAGAGUUUACGAUAUUCACACGCACGAUGUAC